AAAGUAGUGUAUUUUUUACCCAAAUGGAAUCGUUAUGACCCGAUUGACGGAGAAGCUCCGUUUGUCGUUCUACAUACCGACCCGUUUUCUCUCUCUUCUUUCUCUCUCCUCUACUCUCCAUCUCUGCAACUCCAUUGCUCGUUUUCUACACUCCCAAACCCUACUACCUUUCUUCUUCUCCAUGGACAAUAAUCUCUUCUCCGAUAACGUUGAUGACUUCUCCGAUGACUUAGAUUCAUCCUCUUACUCCCUCCGUCUUAACCGUCGCUUACCCGACUCCGAUCACCUGGAUUUCGCACUUGAUAGGGUUUACCUUCUCCCCUACAGGUGGUGGAUUGAUGCAGAAGGUGAAGGUGAUCGUGUGGAAGGUGUUUUGUAUACAGUUUGUUCGAAUGACGAUUCCGAGUCUGAGAUUUUGCUUCAUCUGAAGAAGGAAGAGGAUUCUGAGAAGAUUAAGAGUUUGGAGGCAGGGUUUUUGGGGCGGCAUUAUGCUUUGGUUCCUGAAGGUGUUUGGUUGCGUGCUCUCAAACGGUAUAAUGAUUUUAAUAAUGCAGCGAAAGAUUUUGUGAGACUCUUCUAUGCAGAGGAUUGUUUACCAGAUUUGUUCCCUUUGCAACUUAGGAUAUUUGUUUCAUGGGAAACCAGUUCACUGGUAGCAAAGAUAAGCGAAAAGGAAAAUGUGCCUGAAUUCUACAAGAAAGCUUGUGACAUUUUCAAUUCUGCAUAUGACUCAUUGUAUAUUUGGGACUUCUCUGGGCAGACUACCCAGCUUUUACUAAAUGACAAACCUAGGGUGCCAAACGAUUCUUCCGGUCAACCUGGAAAAGAGGUUCUUUUGGAGUUACAAGUUCAUGGACUUGCAGAUUCAAUGAAGGGUAGUCAGAGCAAUGGGAUGGUUACAGAUAGGUCUCAGAUGGAAUGUACUUCUAACGGAGACCCUGUUACGAUGAACGGAAGCACCGGCGCUGUUAUCCCCUAUGUAACAGCAAACAACUAUUUUCAAGGCAGUAGCUAUAGAGCAGUUCGAUCUUUAGGCUUGACAGGAUUACAUAAUCUUGGAAAUACCUGUUUUAUGAAUAGUGCCAUUCAGUGUUUGGCUCACACCCCAAAACUUGUUGAUUUUUUCCUUGGAGAUUAUCGUAGAGAGAUAAAUUAUGAAAAUCCCUUGGGAAUGAAUGGAGAACUUGCUUUAUCUUUUGGAGAUUUACUUAGACAGCUGUGGGUUCCUGGAGCAUCACCUUUGGCACCAAAAAUGUUCAAGAUGAAACUGGCUAACUUUGCUCCUCAGUUCAGUGGUUAUAUGCAACACGAUUCUCAAGAACUGCUUGCUUUUUUGUUGGAUGGACUACAUGAAGACCUUAAUCGUGUAAAACGCAAGCCAUAUCAUGAAGUUAAGGAUGCAGAUGGUCGUCCAGAUGGAGAAGUGGCAGAAGAGUAUUGGCGAAAUCACCUUGCUCGCAAUGACUCAAUAGUAGUUGAUUCGUUCCAAGGUCAGUUCCGGUCAACAUUGAUUUGCCCUUUUUGCAAGAAGGUUUCUAUCACCUUUGACCCUUUUAUGUACCUGUCUCUGCCAUUGCCUUCUACAACGACACGAACAAUGACUGUAACUGUCAUCAGCACUGAUGGGGUCACAUUGCCUUCUGCAAUUACCGUAACAGUGCCGGAAAGUGGAACACUUAAGGAUCUAAUUGGGGCCUUAGCUGCUUCUUGUUCUCUGAGAGAUGAUGAAACCCUCUUGGUGGCUGAGAUUUACACGAAUAAGAUUUUUCGGGUAUUGGAGGACAAAUCUGACUCAUUAGCUGAUAUCAGAGAUCUAGACAAACUUGUCGCUUACCGAGUGCAGAAGUAUACUGAAGAUAGCCCUGUGGUUGUUUUCAGGCAUGAACUUGUGGUGGAAAUUUACAAGGGGAGGUUUGAUAGUAAAAUCUUUGGUUCUCCACUUGUAGCAAGGGUGUCCGGUAUUUCUUGCGGAGAUGAUCUUCGUAGGGAGUUUCUAAAUUUAAUGAAUCCAUUUCUGAUGCAAAACUCUGAAGAAACAAAAGACGAGUAUGACAAGGAUGAGGAUGUUGAUGGUGAUGAUACUAAAAAACUAAAUGAAGUUGAUGAAUUAGGCGAAACUGAUAACUCUGAAGCAAUAGAAAGUGAUGCAGUGUCGAAUAGCGGUGCAGAGGAUGACAUACAUUUGUGGACCGACUUCGAAUUCUAUUUAUUACUUCCUGGGAGAGGUGGGACUUAUAAGAUAACAUCGAAAGAACCAUUACCUGCCGCAAUGUUGUCCGGAAAUCUGGAGGUAGCUGUCGUAUGGUCAGAUAAGAUGCUUAAAAAGUAUGACAUGAGCCUGCUUGAUCCAUUGCCUCAGGUUUUCAGGCCCCAAUUAAUCACCAAGAGAACACAAGAAUCAAUAUCUAUUUACAAGUGCCUUGAAGCCUUCUUGAGAGAGGAACCUCUUGGGCCAGAAGACAUGUGGUACUGUCCUACCUGCAAAGAACAUCAGCAAGCAACUAAAAAGUUGGACCUUUGGAGAUUGCCUGAAAUUCUUGUUGUUCAUUUGAAGAGGUUCUCAUACAACCGAUUUUUCAAGAAUAAGCUGGAAACUUUCGUUGACUUUCCAACUAAUGAUCUGGAUUUGUCAACCUUUGUCGCUCACCAGACUUGUCCAUCUCCAAACUGUUAUAUGUUAUAUGCAAUUAUUUGUCACUAUGGCGGGUUAGGAGGAGGUCACUAUACAGCGUUUGUCCGUUAUGGCCAUGAUAAAUGGUAUGAGUUUGAUGAUAGCAGGGUUGCCCCUGCUGAUGAGGAGACAAUAAAGACUCCUGCUGCUUAUGUUCUUUUCUACAAGAAAGUUCAGAUGAAGACGAAAACCUUAGGUUCAGCUGUGUAAUUAGUCAUACCAACAUGUAAAGCUUGAGGUUUUUAGACAGUUUGCCGAUACAGUUGCGCCUGACUUCCUCAAAUAGUUGUUUAAGCGCAUCCAGUUUGAUUUUUAUCAGGAUUAGCGAAGAGAAAAUAGAAGGAUUUAAUAUUGUACAGCUUUUAGAAGCUAAGGGUAAGAGGGUAGAUCUUACAUUUUUUGAAGUCGGAGGACAUGUAUACACCUGUUGGGCAACUCGUAUAUAUACAACCUAAAAUUAACCAAAUUUUUGGAUCGGAUAUGGAUUGGUUUUUUUUUUUCAAGCUAUGGUUAUAUAUGGAAAAUUGCACAUUUAUUUU